UUUGACUCAUAAUAAAGGGAGGGAAAAGAAAAGUCUUCCUUCUUCUCUCAUUUUUUGGUCGUCUUUUCUAACUAGUUAUUAAUAAAAUCUUAAAUGCCUCUGGUGGGUUUCUGAGUUUCUGACCCAGCUAGCUUUUGAGUUCUUUCUUCUUCGCAUCCAUUUUUAAGAGAGCUUUUUCUCCAUGUGCAGUGGUUCCAAGAGGAAACCAGAAGCCGCUGGUUUGAUCAUGGACGGUGAGUUAGAGAAGCAAGAAGGGCUCCGUUAUAACUCGGUUUUGCUUGAGCUGUCCGCCUCUGAUGACCUCGUCGGCUUCAAAAGCGCGGUAGAAGAAGAAGGCCUUGACAUUGAUGAAGCAAGUUUGUGGUAUGGGGGGAGAAUUGGCUCAAAGAAGCUGGGUUUUGAGGAGAGGACUCCCCUCAUGAUCGCCGCCAUGUUCGGAAGCAAAGAUGUCUUGAAUUAUAUACUUGAAAUAGGUUGUGUUGAUGUUAAUAGGUCUUGUGGUUCGGAUAAGGCCACAGCUCUCCAUUGUGCCACUGCUGGCGCCUCUGCUGCUUCGGAUGAGGUUGUCAAGCUCUUGCUUGCUGCUUCUGCCGACGCCAAUUCUCUUGAUGCAAGUGGAAACAGACCGGGUGACUUGAUCUUGCCCGUUCGGAGCUCAGCGUUCAACUUGAAGAAGAAAGAUUUGGAUGCGAUGUUGAAUGGUUCCAACGGUAUUGACGAAGCUUUUGGUUUGCCUGAGCAAGUAGUUGACGAAUUGGAAGAGGAAGAAAGACCAGAGAUUUUGACUCUUAGAGCCGCGAAGGAUGGGGUGGAGAAGAAAGAGUACCCUGUUGAUCUCUCUCUUCCAGACAUCAAGAAUGGGAUUUAUAGCACAGAUGAUUUUAGGAUGUAUACUUUCAAGAUCAAGCCUUGCUCAAGGGCGUACUCACAUGACUGGACCGAGUGUCCCUUCGUCCACCCCGGGGAAAAUGCAAGGCGGCGUGAUCCGAGGAAAUAUCACUAUAGCUGUGUCCCCUGCCCGGAAUUUAGAAAAGGGUCCUGUAGGCAGGGAGAUGCUUGCGAGUAUGCACAUGGUAUUUUCGAGUGUUGGCUUCACCCUGCUCAGUACCGCACCCGUCUCUGCAAGGAUGAGACUGGGUGCCAAAGAAGGGUCUGUUUCUUUGCUCACAAACCAGAAGAGCUGCGACCUUUGUAUGCUUCAACUGGUUCCGCUGUGCCUUCACCGAGAUCCUUCUCAGCCAGCGCUUCUUCUCUGGACAUGGGGUCUAUUACCCCACUUGCCCUUGGUUCUCCUUCUGUUUUGAUGCCUCCUUCGACACCGCCCAUGACUCCAUCUGGAGCAUCUUCGCCUAUGGGCGGAAACAUGUGGCAAAACCAAUCUAACAUUGCACCUCCCAGCUUGCAGCUCCCAGGAAGCAGGCUGAAAUCUGCCCUGAGUGCUAGAGAUAUGAAUUUUGACAUUGAAACUCACCGCCGUAGGCAGCAGCAGUUAAGGGACGAGAUAGCCGGUAUCUCCUCUCCCUCCAGCUGGAACAAUGGCUUAUCCAAUCCUUCGGCCUUUUCAAUGCUCGGGGAUCGAACUGGGGAGUUGAACAGACUUGGAGGGGUGAAGCCUACUAACCUUGAAGAUGUAUUUGGAUCUCUUGAUCCUGCAAUUUUGUCUCAAUUACAGGGUCUCUCACUUGACACCACCACUGCAUCCCAGCUGCAGUCUCCAACCGGGAUUCAGAUGCGCCAAAGCAUGAAUCAACAGCUCAACUCAAGCUACCCAAUUAGCCUCUCAUCCUCUCCUGCAAGAGCCUCUCCUUUGUUUGGCGACACAUCUGGCGGAUCAGCAGCAGCUGUUUUGAGUGCGCGGGCUGCUGCGUUUGCAAAGCGAAGCCAGAGCUUCAUUGAGCGCAGCGUUGUUAACCGUCAUUCUGGGAUUUCUUCCCCUGCAGGUUCAAGCAUAAUGGCGUCCUCCAAUCUUUCAGACUGGGGGUCUCCUGAUGGCAAAUUGGAUUGGGGUAUUCAGGGAGAGGAGCUAAACAAGCUGAGAAAAUCUGCUUCCUUUGGGCUGCGUAGCAGCGGUGGAAGUUAUGCUGCUGCCACAGCUGCAGCCUCAACGCCAGCCACCGUGGAUGAGCCUGAUGUGUCUUGGGUUCAGUCCCUGGUCGUUGAGCCCCAACCUAAAAAAACUGUGCAGUAUAACAACAAUAGCUUUGAGGAGCAGCAACAAUGCCAUUUCGACACUCCUGUGCCGGAGAUGCUCCCAGCUUGGGUGGAGCAGAUGUACAUGGAGCAGGAGCAGAUGGUGGCUUAAUGCAACAUCAAUAAAUCCCAUGAUCUCUUCCUUUUGACUCUUUUUUUUUUUUUUGUAUGCCAUUUUUUGAAUUAUUAUUUGAUAUUCAUAAUAUUUAGGUUGAAGAAACUGGAGAAGGGGAGGGGGAGAGGAAAGAAUCAGAGAAGUUAAGCAGGACAAAGAGGUCUUGCUCAUGUAAUAUUAGGUUCUUAUUUCGUAAGAAUAACAGGGUUUAGUAAUUAUUUCUUUUGGUCGUCUUUCUUUUGGUAAUAUGCCAUUUGAGACCAGAAAGAUGCUGAUUGUUAAAAACUACCCCCGGAUUCAAUUUCUAAAUUUGGAUUGGGAGAGGUUGUAUAAUUUUAUGUGUUCUGUAAUUUAGUCUUUCAAAUUAAUCUAUAAAAUUACGUUUUUCAUGAAA